AUGCCUGAAUCACCGCCACCAUCAUACAGCCCACGCCGUCCGCCACCGCCCUACGAAGAGCAGAACAACAGAAAUGCCAAGAAGGUGGGACGUGCUCUUCUUUCCCGUUUUCACCUUUCCUUCUCCCCGUUUUUCCAUUUCGUCUCGUCUUACGUAGUGUUGUCCUUUCACUAAAUUGUGUGUGGCCGUCAUGGUGACUGGGCCACGUGACGACAGGCUCUGAGGCCCAAAAGAGUCUGUUUUGUUGACCUUUUCUGGAAAUCCAAACCCUUGGUUGAAGCGGUUUUCUCGAUUUUCUCAGCGUGGGAACGUACUCCCAGCCUUUUUCUCGCUUAAACCACUGAGGACUUUUUCGGUUUGUGCGGGGUGCAUGCUGAACAUUUCAAACUCAAACACGAGCUGAUUGCGCGCUAAUUGGCACUAUCGAAACUUUUCCUAAAAGCAUAAUGUUUACAUGCCCAGUAGGUGUUAGGCACGAGAAACUUCUAUUCGAAGUGUUUUGCCAAAAAGUGGUUUAUUUCUUGAAACUGAGACCGUUUUUUCUUGUCCAAAAUGCAAUUCUUUCGAAUUCACAAAAUUUGCAUAUAAUGUCAAGUCGGGUUGAUCGAAAAUAAACACUAACAUUCGGUGGUUGACUGGAAUUCCCAUACAUGCAUACUUUCGUGUUUAACGACCUCCCCCAACCUUUUUUGUGAAAAAUUCAAAUUUGAUUCGAAAAUUGGGGCAUUUUAAAAAUCGGAAAUGCUCGAAACGCGUAGUUUUUGGUGCUGAACAUUGAGUGACUGAGCUUCGAUUUCAGCGGCAGACUUGCUGCUGAUUAUAUACGUUUUUUUCCCCAAUUUUUGGUUUCGCCUGCGCGCACUGCCAGGUGUGACUAAUUUGGAAUUGGUUUCCGUUUCGUUUCCGCUUCCAACUUUAGUUUAACAAAUCAGUAAAGCACGAGGGCGGAGAUUCCUUUCUACUUUUUUACUAUUCAGAAGUGCUCUCACAUGACUCGCAGCCUCUUUUUGAUGUCGCAUCACUUUCCUUGAUGAAAUACUAGAGCUUUGUGCUCUCAUGGAGCACGCACGGAUCUUAUGGCUUCUCACUAGCAUCUCUCCCUCUCUUCUCGUUUUUCCUAUAUUUGUAGAAAUAGGAAAAGAGGAAAAAAAGAACUUGGAUGCAUGCUCAUAAACCAAACUAUUUCCACUUCCCACCCAUAAAAUUGCUAUUCUCCGAACUUUCUCUUUUCGUGCCCUCAAAACAAAUCAUGCAUUCUUUCAGGAAUCCACAAUGGGAACCCCCGAGCACAACUACAAAGUCUCACCGCCGCCAUUUGUGCCGCUCACCCAACCGACUGUCAUCGAUGUCGAACAGCUUCAGAAUGUGGUGUUGCCGGGAGGACAACCCCCACCGACUGUCGUGAUUGUGACCGCUCCAAAGCCAGCGCCGUCGUUUGCCAGUUAUGAGACCACGUGCUAUAGUUGUGGGGUGAGUCUAUUUCAGAAAUCAUAUUAUAAAACCUGUGGGGACUUCACCAAGCCCCAGACUGAUUCAUCUUUGUCCUUUUUCUGAUCGUGUCGGUUCACUGCGUAAACAGCUUGCAAAAAAGUUUGGACUGCAUGUGAAUUGCGACUAAUAACGUGCGUAAAGGGUGGGAAAAUAUGAAACUUGGAAAUUGUUCCUAUUUUCUGACCAGCUCGCCAUUUCAAAUGAUAGAAAAGGCGAUGAAGAUGAGUUUCUUUUAUGGGAUCCUAAAGUUUCAAAAAUCUUUGGGUUUGACUCACAUUCAAUGCUCGACAAAAAACAUGCAGACUUUUGACCAAAUUGCAAUAUUCCUUAGACAAAUUUGACGUUCUUCACCCAAUUUUUUUCAGAAAUUCGUGCAUACCCUGCCCAAAUUCGUGAUCGGCACCCUUACUUGGAUCGUGUUCGUCCUCGUCUUCAUUUGCUUCUUCCCCCUCGCCUUCGUGCCAUUCUGCCUGGACAGUUGCAAAGACGCCCACCAUUAUUGUCCCCGUUGUAAUGCGCUUCUCGGUAUCAAGAAGCGCAUCUUUUAA